GCUUUUGUUCCACUUCUGCGGGCACUCUUCCGCGGCAAGCAGGUCUAGGAAUUCGCCUGCUUCCCACCUCGCGUCCCUUGCCUUCCUUCCUAGUCUACCCACUGUAGUGCCCCCUGCAUCCCGCUCCCUCCUAGCCGACCCACAGUACAAGGAUUGCCAGGGUUGCCAUUGGAGCAGCCGUGGCGCAUCUGACCCUUUUUUUUAUAGCGCGGCGACGGCGGGCUGUCGUCACGACGACGUGCGGACGCAGCGGCGGGGGCCUUUCAGCUUAUGUGGAGAAGUCGCUGUGAAGCCACCUAUAAAUCCAUUUACUGAAUUUAUGGAGAAGGCUGUAAAUGAUGGAAGUCAUUCAGAAGAACUCUUUUCCCAUCUUAAAACUAUAUCAGAGAAAGAAGAUUUACCACGGUGUACCAGUGAAAGUCAUCUCAGCUGCAUGAAGCAGGACAUUCUAAAUGAAAAGACUGAAUUGGAAGCAACACUUAAGGAAGCGGAGUUGGUAACUUGUUCUAUAGAAUUGCUUUUGCCACUAUUUAAGGACACCAUUGAAAAGAUUAAUUUUGAAAAUGCGAAUCUUUCUGCAUCGAAUUUGAAGAUUUCUGAACAGAAGGAAAUAUUAACAAAAGAAUUAGACACCUUCAAAAGUGUAAAACUAGCUUUAGAACAUCUUCUUAGAAAGAGAGACUACAAACAAACAGGAGACAAUUUACCCAGCAUGUUGCUAGAAAAUCUAACUGAUAAUGAAAGUGAAAAUACUAAUCUUAAGAAGAAGGUAUUUGAAAAGGAGGCCCAUAUCCAAGAACUUUCUUGUUUGUUUCAGAGUGAAAAGGCAAAUACUUUGAAAGCAAACCGUUUUUCCCAAUCAGUAAAAGUAGUACAUGAACGACUACAGAUCCAAAUUCAUAAAAAGGAAGCCGAGAAUGAUAAGUUGAAAGAAUAUGUAAAGAGCUUAGAAACCGAGAUAGCCAAGUGGAACCUGCAAUCGAGAAUGAAUAAGAAUGAGGCUAUAGUGAUGAAAGAAGCAAGUAGGCAAAAAACUGUAGCUUUAAAAAAGGCAUCUAAAGUUUACAAACAAAGGCUUGACCAUUUUACAGGAGCUAUUGAAAAGCUUACUUCCCAAAUUAGAGAUCAGGAAGCCAAGUUGUCUGAAACAAUUUCAGCUUCCAAUGCCUGGAAAAGUCAUUAUGAGAAAAUUGUAAUAGAAAAAACUGAAUUGGAAGUACAGAUUGAAACAAUGAAAAAGCAAAUCAUUAAUCUUUUGGACGAUCUGAAGAAAAUGGAAGACCAUGGAAAAAAUUCAUGUGAAGAAAUUCUUAGAAAAGUUCACUCAAUUGAAUAUGAAAAUGAAAUUCUGAAUCUUGAGAAUACAAAAUUAAAGCUUAGAUUCCCAUGUAGAAUUACUGAGUCAAAGAAUAUGAACAUUUUGAAUGUUCUUGAUAUGCUUUGCUACAUUUCUUCUGAAAAGACUACACUUGCUGCUUUGAAGGAUGAAGUUGUAUCUGUUGAAAAUGAACUCUUAGAAUUGCAAGAAGUAGAAAAAAAACAGAAAACCCUUAUUGAAAUGUAUAAAACUCAGAUACAAAAGUUGCAAGCAGCAGCUGAAAUAGUUAAAGGCAGAUGUGAAAAUUUGCUACAUAAAAAUAACCAAAUAACAAAAACCAAAAAUAAAAAUGUAGAGAAGAUGAGAGGCCAGAUGGAGUCUCAUCUGAAGGAGUUAGAGCGUGUCUGUGAUUCCUUGACGGCGGCGAAACGGAGGCUUCACGAGUGUCAGGAGAGUCUGCAGUGCUGCAAGGGGAAGUGUGCAGACCAGGAACACACCAUUAGGGAGCUUCAGGGCCAGGUUGAUGGAAAUCACAAUCUUCUGACAAAGCUUUCUCUGGAAGAGGAAAACUAUCUCAUUCAGUUGAAGUGUGAAAACCUUCAACAAAAAUUAGAACAGAUGGACGCAGAAAAUAAAGAGCUUGAGAAGAAGCUGGCAAACCAAGAAGAAUGUCUUAAGCACAGCAAUCUCAAGUUAAAAGAGAAAUCUGCAGAAUAUACAGCAUUGGCCAGACAACUGGAAGCUGCUUUAGAAGAAGGAAGACAAAAGGUUGCUGAAGAAAUAGAGAAAAUGUCAUCUAGAGAGAGUGCUUUACAAAUUAAAAUAUUAGAUCUGGAAACUGAGCUUAGAAAGAAAAAUGAAGAACAAAAUCAACUUGUUUGCAAAAUGAACAGUGAUCCAGAGACUCCAUGAAAUCUAUUUUUUUAAUUCCCAAAUGUCUAAAAAGUUGAAAACCUAAAAGAUUCAAGAGUUAAAUGAUUUUUGGCAUGCACAAUUUGAUCUUAUUGCCAUCAAAAGUUUCAUGACAACUUAGAACAAAACGUCGAUCACCUUUAAUUUAGCACAGGCCUUCCAUUUAUUUCUAAACUUUUUUUUUUAACUCACCAUUUGACUUUCUGAUAUUGUAAAAUAUGUGUGCUGUUUUUUUGUGUAAUUGAAACCUCUGAAAAAAUAAAUGAGGUGGGUUUUUCUGUAAUGUCCCUAGUACUUGGCCAAAGCUAGUAAAAUAAAUAGAUCCCAUUCACAAUUGCCACAAAGAGAAUAAAAUACCUAGGAAUCCAACUUACAAGGAAUGUGAAGGACCUCUUCAAGGAGAACUACAAACUACUGCUUAAGGAAAUAAGAGAGGACACAAACAAAUGGAAAAACAUUCCAUGCUUAUGAAUAAGACGAAUCAAGAUCAUGAAAAUGGCCAUACUCCCCAAAGUAAUUUAUAGAUUCAAUGCUAUCCCCAUCAAGCUACCAUUGACUUUCUUUACAGAAUUAGAAAAAACUACUUCAAAUUUCAUAUGGAACCAAAAAAGAGCCCACAUAACCAAGACAAUCCUAAGCAAAAAGAACAAAGCUGUAGGCAUCAUGCUUCCUGACUUCAAACUAUACUACAAGGCUACAGUAACCAAAAUAGCAUGGUACUGGUGCCAAAACAGAUAUAUAGACCAAUGGAACGCAACAGAGGCCUCAGAAGUAAUACCACACAUCUACAACCAUCUGAUGUUUGACAAACCUGACAAAAACAAGCAAUGGGGAAAGGAUUCCCUAUUUAAUAAAUGGUGUUGGGAAAACUGGCUAGCCAUAUGCAGAAAACUGAAACUGGAUCCCUUCCUUACACCUUAUACAAAAAUUAACUCAAGAUGGAUUAAAGACUUAAAUGUAAGACCUAAAACCAUAAAAACCCUAGAGGAAAACCUAGGCAAUACCAUUCAGGACAUAGGCAUGGACAAAUACUUCAUGACUAAAACACCAAAAGUAAUGGCAAUAAAAGCCAAAAUUGACAAAUGGGAUCUAAUUAAACUAAAGAGCUUCUGCACAGCAAAAGAAACUAUCAUCAGAGUGAACAGGAACCGACAGAAUGGGAGAAAAUUUUUGCAAUCUAUCCAUCUGACAAAAGGGCCAAUAUCCAGAAUCUACAAAGAACUUAAACAAAUUUACAAGAAAAAAACAACCCCAUCAAAAAGUGGGCAAAGAAUAUGAACAGACACUUCUCAAAAGAAGACAGUUAGGCAGCCAAAAAACAUGAAAAGAAGCUCAUCAUCACUGGUCAUUUAGAGAAAUGCAAAUCAAAACUACAGUGAGAUACCAUGUCACACCAAUUAGAAUGGCGAUCAUUAAAAAGUCAGGAAACAACGGGUGCUGGAGAGGAUGUGGAGAAAUAGGAUGCUUUUACACUGUUGGGAGUGUAAAUUAGUUCAACCACUGCGGAAGACAGUGUGGCAAUUCCUCAAGGAUCUAGAACCAGAAAUACCAUUUGACCCAGCAAUCCCAUUACUGGGUAUAUACUCAAAGGAUUAUAAAUCAUGCUGCUAUAAAGACACAUGCACACGUAUGUUUAUUGUGGCACUAUUCACAAUAGCAAAGACUUGGAGCCAACCCAAAUGCCCAUCAAUGAUAGACUGAAUAAAGAAAAUGUGGGACAUACACCAUGGAAUACUGUGCAGCCAUAAAAAAGGAUGAGUUCAUGUCCUUUGCAGGGACAUGGAUGAACCUGGAAACCAUAAUUCUCAACAAACUAACACAAGAACAGAAAACCAAACACCGCAUGUUCUCACUCAUAAGUGGGAGUUGAACAAUGAGAACACAUGGAUACAUGGCAGGGAACAUCACACACCAGGGCCUGUCAGGGCAUGGGGGGCUAGGGGAGGGAUAGCAUUAGUAGAAAUACCUAAUGUAGAUGACGGGUUGAUGAGUGCAGCAAACCACCAUGGCACGUGUAUACCUAUGUAACCAACCUGUACGUUCUGUCCAUAUAUCCCAGAACUUAAAGUAUAAUAAAAAUUUAAAAAAAAAGAUCUGAUGUUUUGUUAAACCUGAUAAGUUUUGUACUAGUAAAAUUCUAGAAUUCUAAGCAUAGAUUUAAACAUUGCUGAAAAAUGAGUUUGUGUGUUUUAUGCCUUCCAGGGGACAGUUAAGUGGGCAGUAUUUAUUUAAUAUACCUGCUUCAGCCCCAUUUGAAUUGUAAGCACUCUGAAAGCAUGUUUCAUAGUCGUCUAUAUCCCUGGUGUCUCCCACAGUGCCCUGCUCACCUGCAGGCCUUUUUGUAUUUUCUGUCCAAGUACCCUAAUAGGGUGGUGCAGAAUUGAUGUACAGAUCUGAGGAUGACCUCAGCAGCUUAAUCCAAGGCACCCCUCCUGAAGCCUGAAAUGUCUUUGAAGUCUUAUGUAUUAUCCUAAAAUCCAUUAACAUUUUACAUUCUACCCUACAAAAUAAGUAUGUGUUACUAUUUUUCUUUCCAAAUUGUUGAGUAAAACUCAUUGUAUUCUUCCUGUGACUUUGUACUGCCCAGCCUAGCUCAUUGUUUUUUACCUGCCCCAUUUCCUGAGCUGGGCAUUGCUCAGUUUCAGAAGGUAUCAGGUGUCAUUGAAAACCUGAUAUGAAGGAUGUAAAAGUUCUCUCUUUUCUAUCUAGGUGUCUAUAUUUUAAUUGAAAGCUAGAUGAUAUUUGCAACCUGUUUUUAUCUAAAGCAUUGUCAGUGAACUCACCUACUUAGGGAUUCAUAUGCACCUUAGUUAAAAAAAAUGUAUUGCAGUUUUAAAUUUUUUCCUCAAAGAACCACUGUAAUAUGAAUAAUUCUUUUUAUUUUUUAAGGGAUUCUAAAAAUAAAAUGUUCACAUUAUCAAAACUAGAAUUCUAUCAACUUUUAAGACAUUCAAUUAUUUUGGAAUAAAAUGUGGAUUUUUAGACAGAAAAUGGCAAAAACUAGUAUGAAAAUAUAUCAUGUUACAUGUGAAAUUAUGACAGUUGUUAAAGAACCUAUUAAGUUAAUCAUGUUAAAUAUGUAAUAAUUUGGGGCUAAAUGAAUGUGUAUUAUAAAUUAUAUCAGUGAAGAUCGACCAUGUGUGUGCUUUAAUUAUUAAUUUUAAAGAAGAGUGAGCUCUAAGAAUGAACACAUCAGAUGUGAGUAUUCUUUUAAAAAAUCAAAAAGAAUUAUCUAGUUAUUGUAUAUAUGUUUUUAAUAUUAUGACUCUGGUCCUUUGGAAUGAAUGCUAUUAUUGCUUAUCUGUAUUUUUUUCCUUUUUUCUUUAGAAAGCCCAACAUCAGGAAGUGUGUUUGAAAGAAGUGCAAAAUAGUCUUGAGAAAUCGGAAAAUCAAAAUGAGAGUAUUAAGAAUUAUUUACAGCUUCUUAAAACUUCUUAUGUAACAAUGUUUGAAUAAAUUAUCAAAUUUAUUUUCUCUAA